AUGGCCUCAGCGGCUAUUAUAGACCAUUCCCCCAACCAUCCAGACCCAUCUCCGCCACUUCCUACGGCUUCCAACGUCAUACUAAUUGACAACUACGACUCCUUUGUCUGGAAUGUGUACCAGUACCUUGUGCUCGAGGGAGCCAAGGUCACGGUAUAUCGAAAUGACCAGCUAAGUCUCGACGAACUCAUUGCAAAGAACCCCAGCCAGUUAGUCGUGAGCCCUGGCCCGGGACACCCGAUCACCGAUUCUGGCAUCAGCCGGGAUGCAAUCAGACACUUCGCAGGCAAGAUUCCCAUUUUCGGGGUUUGCAUGGGCCAGCAAUGCAUUUUCGAUGUAUACGGAGGUGAGGUGAGCUCAGCAGGCGAGAUCUUACACGGGAAGACGUCGCCGCUAUCUCACGACUCCAAGGGUGUAUACGCUGGGAUGUCGCAGAACCUCCCCGUCACCAGAUACCAUUCUCUUGCUGGGACAAACGUUAGUCUGCCGAAGGUGCUGGAGGUGACAUCCUGGAUCCCUAAGGACGACGGCUCCAAGGGUGUCAUUAUGGGUGUGCGGCAUAAGGAGCUCAUAAUAGAGGGUGUCCAAUUCCACCCAGAGAGUAUUCUGUCAGCAGAUGGCCGGGUCAUGUUCAAGAACUUCCUGCGCAUGCAAGGAGGCACCUGGGCCGACAACGAGCGCCUUCAGAAGGAGUCGCAAGCUAACGGCGCCGCGAACGGUCUGGCCAAAGAUGCACCGCCGCCUGCCAAGAAGAACAACAUUCUGCAGCAGAUAUACGCCCGGAGGAAAGAAGCUGUGGCAGCUCAGAAGGAGGUCCCGUCACAGCGGCCCCAGGACCUCGAGGCGGCCUACAAGCUGAGCGCAGCACCACCACAGAUCUCUUUCGUCAACCGCCUACGGCAGAGCCCCUUCGAUGUCUCUCUGAUGGCCGAGAUCAAGCGAGGUUCUCCGUCAAAAGGAAUUUUUGCUAUGGAUAUCGAUGCGCCGACCCAGGCAAAGAAGUAUGCAUUGGCGGGAGCUAGCGUUAUCUCGGUCCUCACAGAGCCUGACUGGUUCAAGGGCAGCAUCGAGGAUCUGCGUGCGGUAAGACAGGUGUUGAACGCAAUGCCCAACAGACCAGCGAUGCUACGGAAGGAGUUCAUCUUCGAGGAGUACCAGAUCCUAGAAGCGCGAUUAGCUGGCGCAGAUACAGUCCUCCUCAUCGUGAAGAUGCUGGACGUGGACUUGCUAACCCAACUCUACAAAUACUCCCUGUCACUGGGCAUGGAGCCCCUGGUCGAGGUGCAGAACGCGGAGGAGAUGGCGACAGCCGUCAAGCUCGGCUCCAAGGUUAUCGGUGUCAACAACCGCAACCUCGAGUCCUUCGAGGUGGACCUCAGUACGACCAGCAGACUGCGCAGCCUCGUGCCGAAGGAGACCAUCAUCUGCGCCCUCAGCGGCAUCAACACGCACGACGACGUAGUCGCCAACCACAAGGACGGUGUCAACGCCGUCCUCGUCGGCGAGGCCAUCAUGCGCGCGCCCGACGCUUCGCAAUUCAUCCGCCAGCUCUGCGCCGGCGAGACCACCGCGUCCCAAAAGCCCACUCCCGCACCCUUCCUCGUCAAGAUAUGCGGCACCCGCACCCCCGAAGGCGCCCUCGCAGCCGCAGAAGCCGGCGCCGACCUCGUUGGCAUGAUCUUCGCGCCAGGCCUCAGACGCACCGUGACGGCAGACACAGCGCGCUCCAUCCGCAGCGCCCUCGACAAGUUCUCGCGCCCAACGCCGCCCUCCCAAGAACAACCGACCAUCCCCAAGAACGCCGCCAGCGACUUUUUCGCCUCGGCCACCCACAAGCUCCAGCACACCGCGCGCCCCCUCCUCGUCGGCGUGUUCCGCAACCAGCCGCUCGACGAGGUCCUGGCCCUGCAGCGCGCCUGCGGCCUCGACGUCGUGCAGCUGCACGGCGAUGAGCCCAUCGAGUGGGCCCACGCCAUCCUCGUGCCCGUGAUCCGCCGCUUCGCCCCCGGCGAGCCCGGCAUCGGCGCGCGCGGCUGCCACGCCGUGCCCCUGUUCGACUCCGGGUCCGGGUCGGGCCAGCUGCUCGACGCCGUCGACGUCAAGGCGGCGCUCGCGCGCGACGCCGAGCUGCGGGUGCUUUUAGCGGGCGGUCUCGACCCCGACAACGUCGCCGGUGUCGUCGGCGCCGCCGGCGAGGACGGCGCUCGCAUUGUUGGGGUGGAUGUGAGCAGUGGUGUCGAGGGCCCCGACAAGGAGCAGGACCUCGAGAGGAUACGGGCGUUUGUCAAGGCCGCGAAGGCGAUUAGGUAG